AUGAUCCAGAAAUUUGUGUGUGUGCCUAAAUCUGACUACGACGUCAUCGUUAUCUCCAACGGGACCAUACAGCAGAUCGAAGCCGGUUUAGCCAACUUAAACGAGAGCACAAACAAUGAAAUCCCCUUAAACGGCCACAUCACCUACCUUGACACAUUUGACCAGUUAGCCAACCACUUGAAGGCGUUGAACAAGGCAGCUGCCCCCGGGUCACGUGGCUUUUCCGGUAAGGUGUUAUUCAUGUUCUUUAACGGGUUGGACUACGUGCAAGACUUUUUGUCCAGCUUGAUUGACUACUACAACAAGUGCACCUUCCUCGACUCGUUCCAGUACCACACCUUCAACCAUUCAACCACUCUCUCCGGACCCACCUUCAACACAAUUGUAAGCAUUACCAAUGACAUUCUCAAGAAAAUGACCUUUAUGUUGGGUAGAGUCAGAGGCUUAUACAUAGACGACACCCAGCUUGCAGGUGAAAAGUCGUACCCAUUAAGAUGCCUUGCCAGAAACUUUCCUAAUGUCGAAAGAAUCGAGUUGGCUAGCCGUCCAAACCUCUUAUUUAAUGCCAUAGUUUAA